UGACUAAGAGGUUUAGAUCUUUUCUUCCUUCCGUCCUUCCUCCCUUCCUUCCUAUCUUCUUUCCCUCCUAUGUUUUUUAAAAAUUAAAACAUGCAUUUAUUAUUUUGUUUGUUUUCAGAUAAGAUCUCACUAAGUAUCAGCCCUGACCGGCCUGGAAUUUGCUACGUUGAAAAGCUAGCCUCAAACUCGGUAUGAUUCCCCCAGUGUCUGUUUCCUAGGAUUACAGGUUUUCUGGCGGUCAGUGAGGCACGAAAGUUUAAACCUCUGCUCUCGGUCUCUAGGGAGACCUCAGACCAGCCACUUCCGGAUUAAUCCCCACCCACAGAGAGUCGACUUCCGGUCUCCGGCGCUAGGAGCAGCGGAAAGGCAGCUAUGGAGACAAGACAGUGCUGAGAGAAGCAGGGCAUGGCUUCGGCCCUCCAGGUCUUGCCCUGUCUCCUCCGAGCCCCAUACCGUCCACUCCUCUGGGGGCCCCCAGUGGCCCGGAUGACCAGUGGUAUGACCUUGGCUGAACAGGCGCGGCAACUGUUUGAUAGUGCGGUGGGCGCUGUGCAGCCAGGCCCCAUGCUGCAAAGGGCACUGUCCUUGGAUCCCAGUGGCAGACAGCUGAAGGUGCGGGACCGGACCUUUCAGCUCCGGGAAAACCUCUACCUAGUGGGCUUUGGCAAGGCUGUACUGGGCAUGGCAGCUGCAGCUGAGGAGUUACUGGGCCAGCAUCUCGUGCAGGGUGUUAUCAGCGUACCCAAGGGGAUCCAAGCUGCUAUGGAACAUGCCGGCAAGCAAGAGAUGCUGCUGAAGCCACACAGCCGCAUCCAGGUGUUUGAGGGUGCUGAGGACAACUUGCCGGACCGGGAUGCACUGCGGGCGGCACUGACCAUCCAGCAGCUGGCAGAGGGGCUCACUGCUGACGACCUGCUGCUUGUGCUCAUCUCAGGAGGGGGCUCAGCGCUGCUGCCUGCUCCUAUCCCACCUGUCACACUGGAGGAGAAACAGACACUCACCAAGCUGCUGGCAGCCCGAGGAGCCACAAUCCAGGAGCUGAACACCAUCCGCAAGGCCCUGUCGCAGCUGAAGGGUGGAGGGUUGGCUCAGGCCGCCUAUCCUGCUCAGGUGGUAAGCCUCAUCUUGUCAGAUGUGAUUGGGGACCCCUUGGAGGUGAUUGCCAGUGGCCCUACUGUGGCCAGUACCCACAGUGUGCAAGACUGCCUGCAUAUUCUUAACCAUUACGGUCUCCGUGCUGCUCUGCCCCGCUCCGUGAAGACCGUGCUUUCCCGAGCUGACUCUGACCCCCAUGGACCACAUACCUGUGGUCAUGUCCUCAAUGUGAUCAUCGGCUCUAACUCUCUGGCACUGGCUGAGGCUCAGAGGCAAGCCGAGGUACUGGGCUACCGGGCCAUGGUGUUGAGCACAGCCAUGCAAGGUGAUGUCAAAAGCGUGGCUCAGUUCUAUGGGCUGCUAGCCCGGGUGGCUGCAGCCCACCUCACUUCAUCCUCGACUGAGCAUCCCUUGGAGGAGGAGGCACAACUCCAUCAGCUGGCAGCUGAGCUUCAGCUCCCGGACAUGCAGCUGGAGGAGGCUCUGGAAGCUGUGGCAAGGGCUAAAGGUCCAGUCUGCCUCCUGGCUGGUGGGGAGCCCACAGUGCAGCUGCAGGGAUCUGGCAAGGGCGGUCGGAACCAAGAACUGGCCCUGCAUGUGGGAGUGGAGCUGGGAAGGCAGCCACUGGGGCCCACUGAUGUGCUAUUUUUGAGCGGAGGUACUGAUGGGCAGGAUGGACCUACAAAGGUGGCUGGGGCCUGGGUCAUGUCUGAUCUUGUCAGCCAGGCUUCUGCUGAAAGCCUGGACGUAGCCACCUUCCUCGCCAACAAUGACUCAUACACUUUCUUUUGCCACUUCCGGGGUGGAACCCAUUUGCUGCACACAGGGUUGACAGGGACCAAUGUUAUGGAUGUCCACCUCCUGAUUUUUCAUCCUCAGUGAUGGCAUAGCCCACUCACAAUUUGAGAGUAGAUAAGAGGCCUUCAAGGGCAGGGUCUCUUAGGACCCGCCUCCCACAGAUAUACUUCACGUUUGUUCCCCCAACUAGAUUAGAAGAUGGGGGCUGCUUUCCAUCCCUAGUUCCCAUCAUGUCAGCAGGUAACCCGAGGCCCAGAGCUUCUUGGCCAGUUCACACUUCUCAUUUUCUCCCUAGAAGCCUUUCUGCAGGUCCUCAGCCUGUUUCUUCCAUGGAGCAAAGGUUGGGAGACUGAAAAUAAAAAGCAUGCCGUGGGGGUCUCAGCUCAUCUUCCCUCAGUGACUCUUUCCAUAGCCCAGAUCCUCGGGGGGGGGGGGCUGCUGGGCAGGGCCAUGCGGUAUGGUCCCAGCAAUGGUGCCAGUACCUAGCACUCAGACUUUCUCAUGCCCUUUUCAGCUGGGUGCACACCCAGGGUCUGCUGAUGGAAAUCUGUGACGAUUGAAUCUGGCUCCUAGCAGCCUCAAUGUGGGUGAACAGGACAGGCUUAGAGUUGCCUAUUUAACAGUGACUCCCUGUGGCAGCCUGAACGUGGUUUCUCCUCUCCUGCUUUAGCCUGACUGGGUGAAAACAAUCUACUUACCACCAAGGAUCUUCCUUCUGUAUUUGGACCACUCUUAGUUUUCCUCCUCACCCUCUGGUUAUUAAGGGGUUUCUUCAGGCUGCAAGGCAUUGAACCUGUUCUCCUGUGUCCCCCUUUCCCAGGCUAACCAUGCCCUAUUUCAUUGAGGCUCCUCUGGGUACCCAGUUGGGGCCCUGGUGCGAGCAUUUCAGUGUGUGUCUCAAGCACUAGAUUGGAAGGUCAGAGCAGUGAAGGAGGUCAGCAGUCCCUUACCCUAUCCUAUCAUAGCUGGCAGAGGUGAGUCACUUGGCUUGGCCAGCAGCCACUGGCCUGGUUUGCCUUGAGCCCUCUUGUUCCACAUCAGAGCCCUCUGUUGGCUUUUCCUCACCGUGCGCCACGGCUCCAAUCCCUAUAUGAGUGAGCAAUAGAAUCACAUAGGAAUAAAAAGCCAUAGAGAACAGUGAGGCGUGGGGCAGCCCCUGUGGGCCCUUCUUCCAUCGUGAGGGUGUGAGGGGCUCUAGGUCAGAGCUGAUGUGUCCUGGGAAGGACCUCCCAUCUCCACUGGACUCUGGACAGUCUAGCUAGCAGUUGGGCCCUGGUUUGCAGACCCUGGCUCCUGUGUGUUCCUCAGACUGAGGAGGUAAGCAAGGUAAGCCAGCUCUGAGGACCAGAUAGGUUUAGGGAAGAGGAGUGGUUUGUACCAUUUUCUUUCCUUCUGUUCUUGUGCGCAGGGUCAGAGACUCUGGAGAUUUUGUCUUUACAUUGGUGUUCUGGUAUCCUCUGGGAGUGGCUCUGUCUCUGUGGCCUUGACCCUUGGGAAUGUAUUCCCACUGGACACUGAGUAGCAGGCAAGAGCUUUGAGAGAAGAGCUUUUCAGCUACCUCCUUAGUGUCUCUGUGUGGUGAACGCGCGAGCAGUGGACACUGGCGUCAGAAUGCGUCCGUAGUGUGCCCACUGGUGCUUUUCAGAGUGCUUUGCUCAUGGGGACUGCUGACGCCAUUGCCCGCGGAGGGCUUGGUGUAUAGGUGGAGUCUUGCUGGAGGCUCCCCUUGUCUGCCUUCCCUGUACCUGUGCUUUCAGCGUCUGAGGGCCGGGGUCUGAAUUGAGCCCCAUUAGAGCAAACAUUUUGUGGGCAUAACUUUCUGUAUUUGCUCACUUAUAAAUUUGGUCAGUCUAUAUGAUAAAAAUAUGCAAAUUUCUCACAGAGCUCAAUAAGGCUGUUUUUUUUUUCUCUAUCAAUAUCAAUUAUAUAGCCAGGCCUGGUACACCGGCCUGUCAUUCCAGGUAUGUGAGAGGCAGGAGGACAGAGUUCAUGGCUAGCCUGAAAGCCAGCCUAAGGCACUUAGGAGAGAUCCCAUUUUAAAGAGCCUUAAAAAGGGCCAGGCAGUGGUGGCACAAGCCUUUAAUCCCAGUGCUGGGGAGGUAAAAGCAAGCAGAUCUCUGAGAGUUUGAGGCUAGCCUGGUCUACAGAGUGAGUUUCAGGACAUCCAGGGCUACACAGAGAAACCCUCUCUCAACAACAACAACAACAACAGCAACAACAACAGACUGGGAAUGUGGUCAGUACUUACUAUUCUAGCAUGUAUGAAGCCCUGGGUUUAGUUCCCAGCACUGAAAAAUAAAAUAAAUGAAUGGCUAAA